UGAUGGGAAGGUCGACUCACUUUACUGAUCCGGAUCUUUUCGAAUCAUCCAGAAAAAAGAACGAGUCCUGGAACUCAUGUCUAAGUCGGCCUACACUUGUUAUAAAGAUGGAAAUAGGAAGGAACCGUUGUACUCUCAGAGGAUUUCAAGCCGAGACGGGGCACGGUCUCUUUUACAGAUGAGCCAAGUUUUAUAGCAAGGAUGCACUGGGAGAUGGUGAGACCACAUGAAUGAGACGAUGAAGAUGGAUGUGGAGAUUUAGGGGCGAAACACCUGUUCCCUCCUGAAAGGGUCAAUGAGAGGACCUCAGCUGCAGAACUGUGACAACCCCGCAGCCAGAAUCGGCCCUUAUCACAGAGAACAGCAGACUGAAAGAGGGACAACCUCUCUCUCCGUCUGCUCCAAGCCACACUCCGAUAGGUGAAGGACCCGGCGGGGGUUGAUGGUUGCAGCCUGGAGUAUAGGUCCCUGGUGGGGACCCCAAACAUUGGCUCUAUCUGGAAGCGUGCACAUUGCCAUUCAAAGUGCGAAGACGAUGGUCGGGAUCCCGGGCGCUUUUCAAUACAGUGGAGAGAAGAAGGCCCCUGCCAUGCCCGGCUCUCCUGUGAAUGUUAAGACUCAUUCCAGACCAGCCCCCCCUGGCAGCAGCUCCAUCAUGCCCCCCCUGCCCUCCAUCAACUCCAGUGGCCCCCGUCCAGCCUCCUUCUCCUCCACCACUCUGACCAAUGGAAUCCACCACUCCCCACCCACGUUGAACGCUGUGCCCUCACCACCCCAGCGCUACAGCAAUGGACCUAGCUCCUCCUCUUCGUCCUCGUUGGCCAAUCAGCAGCUGCCGGCCACCUGUGGCGCUCGCCAGCUCAGUAAACUGAAACGUUUCCUCACGACGCUGCAGCAGUUCGGCAACGACAUCUCGCCUGAGAUCGGAGAGAGCGUCCGCAACCUGGUCCUGGCCCUUGUGAAUUCAACGGUGACUAUUGAGGAGUUCCACUCACGUCUUCAAGAGGCCACCAACUUUCCCCUGAGACCUUUUGUCAUUCCCUUCCUCAAGGCCAACCUGCCUCUGUUACAGAGGGAGCUGCUCCACUGUGCUCGGGCAGCCAAGCAGACCCCCGCCCAGUAUCUGUCGCAGCACGAGCACCUCCUCCUCAGCACCACGCUGGCCUCCCCGCCAGACUCCUCUGAGCUGCUGAUGGAGCCGGGGGAGAGAGACAGGGACGCGGCGGUCAAGAGACCCAGCCCCAACAGGGGCAAAGAAAAUGGCUUCCAGGAGCGCCCCCCCGCCCCCCUGGAGCCCCCGGCCAAGCGUAUCUGCACCAUCAGCCCGGCGCCCCGACACAGCCCGGCCCACGCCCACCCGCUGCCCCUCAGCUCCCAGCUCCACCCCACGCCGCCCCCACUGCAGCACUACGCCCUGGAGGACAUCAGCUCCUCCCACCUCCUCCACCGGGAGACCAGCCACCGGAUACUGGAGCUCCGGGAGCUGAAGGAGAGGCCCCGGUUACCAGGCACGAAUGGGGGCUACCGCGAGGACCCAGUGGACCACCGGCUAACCGACAGAGAGUGGGCCGACGAGUGGAGACAUCUGGAUCACGUGUUGAACUGCAUCGUGGACAUGGUGGAGAAGACGCGGCGUUCUGUGGCCGUGCUGCGGCGCUGUCAAGAGUCGGACCGCGAGGAGCUCAACUACUGGCGCCGUCGCUCGAGCGAGCAGGAGGACACCCGCAAGGGAGGGACUGCCACCGUGCCGGCACCCUUCUCAAAGACCCAUAGCCCCCACACGGCCGAGGGACCUGCUGGUGAAUCCCAGAGGGAUUUUGCACCGCGGCCAGGCUCGGGGUUUGUGCCGGAUGAGAUCUGGAGGAAAGCUGAGGAAGCGGUGAACGAGGUGAAGCGGCAGGCGAUGGACGAGGUACAGAAGGCUGUGGCCGAGGCGGAGCAUAAGGCCUUUGAGAUGAUCGCGGCGGAGCGGGCCAAGAUGGAGAAGACUCUGGCUGAGGCCAAGAGGAAGGCCACCGAGGACGCCAUCCAGGUGAUCAACGAGCAGGAGGAUUCCAGCGAGUGCUGUUGGAACUGCGGGCGCAAGGCCAGUGAGACGUGCAGUGGCUGCAACGCGGCCCGUUACUGCGGCUCCUUCUGCCAGCACAAGGACUGGGAGCGCCACCACCUCAUCUGCAGCCCCGGCCUGCAGGCCCAGCCCAAGCCCGUCACCGCAGCCAAAGCCGCCGCCGCCGCCGCCGCCGCGGGCACGAAGGCCCCGGAGAGCACGUCGUCCGCCGUCAGCCCUGGGGGGGAGAAGGGGACAGUCGCCUCCCGUUCCUCUACCCCAUCCACCCCUGCAUCGAUUCCAGAAACCAACGGGCACUAAAACCCAGAACUAUGACCGCAGACGGAACCCGGAACUAUGACCACAGACGGAACCCGGAACUAUGACCACAGACGGAACCCGGAACUAUGACCGCAGACGGAACCCGGAACUAUGACCGCAGACGGAACCCGGAACUAUGACCACAGACGGAACCCGGAACUAUGACCACAGACGGAACCCGGAACUAUGACCGCAGACGGAACCCGGAACUAUGACCGCAGACGGAACCCGGAACUAUGACCGCAGACGGAACCCGGGACCAUGACCGCAGACGGAACCCGGGACCAUGACCGCAGACGGAACCCGGAACUAUGACCGCAGACGGUGGCAUUGACACUGGCUCUCAUUGCUUGUAAUGGACACUACUGUGUGUCCCCAGAAUGGCUUCCUUUCUCAGCUUCCCUUUCUGAAAAUGCUGACUGGUGAGAUCUCCAUUUUAACAUUGUUCGGCUUUCACCCCACGCAUAGCUUUACGCCAGCGGUCACGGUGUAGAGGAGAGGACACCGCUUUGAGGACAUACGAUGACACUGGACUGCAAGCCUAAUUUAGCCAAGGAAGUGAUGUCACAGAUAUUGAGUGAGCAGAGGAAGUUGAUGUCAUUGAUGGAGGUCAACCAAUCAUGUUACAUCCUGAACUUAACUGUGAAAGGGAGGAGGGGUUAGCUUGGUCACGGUGAGAUAGAAGACAGACGGACUCUGAGAAUCCUCCUCCAACUGUUGGACAAACGGACAAUCUGGCCGAAACUAGAAGGACGCUCCUUCCUCUUCAUCCGGCAUCUCCACCCUGAGCCGAGCUGAGACAACAGACCCUGAUGUUUCUUGGUGGGGGUGGGGGGGUGGGGGGGGGGCAGAAGCCAAAGGGACCAUCUGACAUUCAGAACGAUCCUUUCUCUCCGUGGGCAACAGUGACGGCCUCAAGUGCUCACUGCUUACUUCCUAGUUUAUUAUGGUGUACAUAAAGCAAGGUUCUGGGAGGGUGUUGGCAAUGCUGUGAUGAUAACAGUUCUGCAGAGACGUCCGGUUGAUUUGUACAUUGAUGGCAGUCUUAAUUAUCUUGCUCGCACAAAUUAUUUGUCAGGUUCCUCUAUUUGAGAGUGGGUUGUUUGUAUGUUUUUGUCAAAAUGGUUGUGCCGCUGGUCAAUAUUGUAAAAUAGAGCAUUAAGGCUAAUUUCAGAGCAAUAUAUGUAUACAAAGUGUUCAGGUAUUCAUGCGUCACCAAAGUUUUCACUCGCUAAACAAGUGUGUUAUUGCCUGUAACUGUCCGCUGUUGUGCGCUGAAUAAAUCCAGAGAAACACU